CAUGAGUCUUUUGUUAUUAGCACUCCCACAAUGGCCUUACUCUAUUGCCUUGUAGUGCAUCUGUUGUUGGCUUGUUUGUGUGAUGGCCAGGCUUCCCAGGUGGGCCCUUUUUCCCAGCUGUCAAGUCAGGAGUCUUUACUACAGCCAGUCCAGCAAGCUGCCCAGGAGCAGUCUUCUCUGGUAGCAAGUGAAGUAGCUCAAAGGUCCCCUUCUCUCCAGCUACCCCAAGGAGUGUCUUCUCAGCAGCUUUCUUCAAUGAGGCUAAUGCAGUUGGAUCCCCUGGCACAGAAUUCUAACUUGGCUCUACCAGUUGAGCCAGUGUUUGUGCUGCCAUACAGCCAGCCUUCUGUACCAGUUUCCCUGGUGCAGCCACCAGCCCAGGUUCCACCUGCUGUGAAACCCCAGUGGCUUGCUGCUCCCUCUGGUGUGAAGGUUGAAUGCAGGGAAGACUCGGUUGUGGUAGAGGUGCAGCAGGACAUGCUGAGUAAUGGCCAGCUCAUCCAGCCCUCAGAAAUCACCCUGGGAGGUUGUGUGCCAGUUGGACGGGAUCCCUCCAGAGGGGUUCUGCUGUUUGUGUCAGAGCUACAUGGCUGUGGAAGUACGCUGAUGACGAUGACCAAUUCCCUGAUCUACACUUUCACAUUGGUGUAUGUGCCCGAGGGACUCGGUUCCACCCCUAUUGUGCGGUCUCAUGGUGCGGUGAUUAAUAUUGAGUGUCAUUACUUGAGGAGGAUCAAUGUGAGCAGCAAUGCUGUGAUGCCAUCAUGGGUACCCUUCUCUGCUGCUCUGUCCGCUGAGGAGCGUUUGGUGUUCUCGCUCCAGUUCAUGACCGACAACUGGGAACUGGAGAGGGCUUCAAACAUCUACUUUCUGGGAGACAUCCUGAACAUAGAAGCUUCUGUAGUUGUGGCCAACCAUCAGCCUUUGCGGCUGUUUGUGGACAGCUGUGUUGCCACCUUGGAACCUGAUGUGACAUCUGUCCCCAGAUAUGCCUUUGUGGGGAACUAUGGAUGCCUGACUGAUGCCAAGGUGACUGCAUCCCGCUCCCAGUUCCUCCCCAGGAAGCAGGUCAACAAACUCCAAAUGCAACUGGAUGCCUUUAGGUUCUCGCAGGAGACCAGGAGCUCUAUCUACAUCACAUGCAUUCUGAAAGCAACCAUGGCUUCCAAAAGACCUGAUCCCCAGCACAAGGCUUGUUCCUAUUCUGUGUUGGCAGAUAGGUCAGUUCAGUUGAAUGUCAGUAGUUCUGUUGUAGAUGCUACAGAACGUCAGUGGUUUCCUGUUCAUAGGUGGGAAUCUGCAGAUGGCGAUGACCAAGUAUGUGGCUGUUGUGACACAAGCUGUAAUGUGAAGGGAAGAAGUGUAGCAGAUUUCCAAGGAAAAGCUGUUGCUGGACCCAUUAUUGUUCAGGAUCGCUAUUAGCCAGGCCAUGAGGAUAGCUGCGUCUGGGGGGGAAACGGCACCAUGGCAACACUUGUAGCUGCAGCAGCUGUGCAGUGUAUAUCUCAAAGGAUCUCCCUUCACGGCCUGAAGCGAAGGCUCAUGCAGUCGUGUGUCGUUCUGAAACUUGUCCUUGAUUCUUGAACUGACAAUUCAGAAUAAACCUUCUUAACAAAA